AUGGAAACCCUUACUUCUUACACUCCACUGACUCUGACCACCAUGUGCCUGGAGCGCUACAUUGCUAUCUGUAUUCCAUUGAGACAUGCAGAGAUCUCCACAGUUCAACGCACUCUUUUUGGCAUUCUGUUUAUCUGGAUAUUUGGAUUCAUCCUCUGCAGUACUGAUUUUUUCACUGUACUUGCAACACAGCCUGAGAGUUUUUAUCUGGAGAGCUAUAUUUGCAGCUAUGAAAUAAUGCUAAUAUAUGUCUGGCAAUCUGAUCUGAGAUCAUACAUCUGCCUGGUGGUGUUUAUAUCAAUGUUCCUCUUUAUUGCACUGACUUAUGUAAAAAUUAUGCAUGCAGCAAGAGCAGCUUUUGUAGAGAAAACCUCUGCCUCCAAAGCUCGAAACACUGUUGUUUUGCAUGCUUUUCAGCUUGUUUUAUCUUUAGUUUCCCUGAUUUGCCCUUUUGUUGAAAAGUUCAUUAUGCAAAUAAAUUUUCAGAUUUUUUCAGAUGUGCGCUACUUUAAUUUUCUUAGUUUUACAUUAUUUCCCAGAUGUUUAAGCCCACUUAUUUAUGGUUUAAGAGAUGAAAAAUUCUGUUCUGUUCUUCAAUUUUAUAUAAUCUGUGGAAUGCAUAAACCUGUCUCCAAAAUUAGAGAUGUAGAAUUUUGA